UAAAUUGAUAAACUUCGACCUAGUCACAACCUGAAGACUGUAGGGUAUUUUAAAUAAGCGUUACUAUUUUAAGUAAAAAAUGUCUGGAAUUCCAGUGUCACGAGGGUUUCGGUUUCAGAACAAAGUUGCUGUGGUUACAGGAGGUUGUUGCGGUGUAGGGCGCGGCUGCGUUGAUGUUCUAGUUGAGGAGGGCGGCUUUGUUGCGGUCUUGGACUUCAAUGAUGAAGUCGGAAAAUCAUUGAAUUCAGACGGCCUGGCCGGUGAAAUGUAUUUUAUACACUGUGACAUGAAUAAGGAAGAAGAUAUCAAGAAUGCUAUUGAAGAAGUAAUAAAGAAAUAUGGCCGUAUCGACUGCUUAGUGAAUAACGUUGGAACUCAUCCUGGGAGUAAAGAGAUUGAUGACCUCUCAGUGCAAGGCUUCAGAGAUCUUCUCAACACGAACCUAGUCAGUUACUUCACAGCAAGUAAAUAUGCGUUGCCUUACCUUCGCAAAACAGAAGGAUGUAUUGUAAAUACCGGCAGCAUCGGUUCAUCAGCAGCUGCGAAGGGUAUGCCGUCUUAUUGUGCCUCGAAGGGUGGAACUAUCGCCUUUACUAAGGCGCUUGCAAUAGACGAGGCCAAACAUGGAGUUCGUGUGAACGCAGUGUCUCCGAGUAUAGUAGAUACGCCCCUUUUGAGAACAGUAAUACGUCAGUGGGGAGAAGAGCAGGAACAAGUCGACAUGCUUGCUUCCUUUACGCAAUUAGGUCGUUUGUCUAUACCUCGUGAGAUAGGUAAAGCUUGCCUUUUCCUGGCAGUUGAUGCGACCUUCACUACUGGAGAGGAACUUAUGUGUACAGGCGGAACAGAGAUAGGAUACGGCGUUAAACAAUAAAUGCAAUGAUAACGGACAUAACUGUGUGUUAAAAAUAUUGGAACACUGUGUGGACAGUAAUGCACUGGUAACAGAUAUUACUUGGUAUAUUAUCUAGUGUGUGAAAACGGCAGUAUAAUGACAAUGAAAUGAAAUAUGAUAUGGCUUCAUCGAAACAUAUCUAAUGACAAGAGUCAAGAGAUUAUAAAUCUUUGGGUCAAGCUAAUAAACAAGUUGAUUAUGUUUAAUGUUUAUAUCUACAUAAGGCAAACUGUUCCUAUGAUAAGGAAAACAAAA